AUGGCUAUGCCGUUGUAUGACAGUAUAAAGCGUGCUGCGACAGGUGUCCUAUGGUCAGGCGAUCAUUUGUUCCCGCGUAUACCGGAGACGAUCGACAUGCUGCGAAGUAAAGGCAAGCAAUUGGUCUUCGUAACCAACAACAGCACAAAGUCUCGAGCAGAUUACAAGAAGAAGUUUGACAAGAUGGGCAUCAGUGCUCAAGAAGAAGAGGUCUUCGGCUCCAGCUACAGCGCAGCAAUCUACAUCUCCCGUAUCCUCAAACUCCAACCCCCCAAGGACAAAGUCUUCGUGCUCGGCGAGACCGGUGUAGAGCAAGAACUCCAAUCCGAGAAUGUCCGCUACUGCGGCGGCACCGACAAAUCGCUGCUCCGAGACAUCACCCCGGAAGACUACUCCAGUAUCGCCGACGGCAGCGCACUAGACGAUGAAGUCGCCGUCGUCCUUACCGGCCUGGACUUCCAUCCCAGCUACCUUAAAUACUCCCUCGGCAUGGCAUACCUCAAUCGCGGAGCCAAGUUCCUGGCUACGAACAUCGACUCCUCGCUACCAAGCGCUGGCUCGCUCUUCCCGGGUGCUGGCUCGACAAGUGCACCAUUGAUCACCGCCACGAAGAAGGAGCCGUUGGCGUUGGGCAAGCCGAGCCAGGCGAUGAUGGAUGCGAUUGAGGGCAAGUUCCAAUUCGAUCGGAAGAAGGCUUGUAUGAUUGGAGAUCGGCUCAACACGGAUAUCCAGUUCGGUAUUGAAGGGAAGCUGGGUGGGACGUUAUGUGUGUUGACGGGCGUGAGCAAAAAGGAGGAGUUCCUGGGCAGGGGAGCAGAGGUUGUGCCGAGUGCUUAUGUGGACCAGCUGGGCGAUUUGCUUGGGUAG